GGCAAAAAAACAAACCACGUGACAAUAACACAUGUGGAAUACAAAACCAUUCAACUUUUGAUCAUUUCAUUUUAAUAAUUGUUGGAUUUUACAAUGUCCGAUAAAAAGAAAAUUGUUGUUGAAAAAACUUGUCUAUUACAAGAUAUAUGGGAUGAAUCGACACGUUUACAGCCAUUAAUGUUAACAUUGAUCGAUGAUUUAGAAACAUUGACACAACAGACAAUAUUUCUUGGUCAUUUCAUUGAUCGUUUGGUAUUGAAAAAUUCAUCCAGAAAUUUUUUCCUAUUAUCAUUCGGUACUAAUGAACAACAUUUCUAUCGACAUGCCCAGAUUAAAUCGAAUACAAAAAUUCAAAUUCUCAAUGAACAUGAUUUUCAGCUAUCGGAUACAGCUGUUGCAUUCGAAUCGAAACUUAUUUCUUUAGCACCAAUUGAUUCAUCGAAUGUAUUGAUCAUUAAUUGUAUAAAUCCAUUAUUCCUUAUUUUCGAUAAUGAUGACAAUGAUGAUGACGACAGAGGUAUUGCGCGAAAAUUUUAUCAAUUUCUUCAACGACUUAAAAAAAACUAUCAACAAAUUAUACUAAUCUAUCAUUCAAUGUUUGAUUUAUCGAUUGAAGAUGUCAAUGAAACAAGUGUUUUAUACAUGUCAAAUGUGAUAAUCGAUUUUCGAUUGAAUAACAUGAACAAAUCAUUCAAACAAUGUUUGAAUAUAUUCGAUAAAGAUGAUAAUCAUUCGAAAAAAACUAUUCAUUGUCAUGUGAUUACGAAAAAGAAACAUCCACGAACUCAUCUACAAUACGAUCAGAAACAUGAACAUAUUGAAAUUGAUACAAAUUUAACGGUCAAAUUCAUUAGCCAAGAUAAUUUAUUGAAGCAAGAAAAAUUAAACAAUGAUAAUGACUCGACACAAUUACCACAAUCAUCAUUUCGUUUAACAUUAACAAAACAGGAAGAAGAGGCUAGAGAAAAUCUCGUUUUACCAUAUAUAAAAAAACAAAAUUCACAGCCAACAAACAGCAAUACAGCAACAACACGAUCACCUGAAUUUAAUAUCAUCUAUACAUAUGACAAGUUUGAUGAUAUCGAUGAUGAAGAUCCAGAUGAUGACCUGGAUUUUUGA